UCACCAUCACAAUUCAUUCCAAUAUCAUCAACAUCAUCAUCAGAUGUUGCGAAUAUUGUAAUUGAACCAAAAAAUAUGACCACUGUUGAAAGAUUAUUACGAUCAUCACCAUCGAAUCAACAGCAGCAGCAGCAACAACAACAACAACAACAUUCACAUAAUCAUCAACAGCAUCAUCUUCAUCAAUCAAUCAAACCAAUUAAUGAUCUCCUUAAAUUAUCUUCGGUGGUACAGUCAUCGGAUAUUAUUCAUAACAACAACAAUAAUUCAGUUCAACAACAACAACAAAUUCAUCUGGCUCUUCAACAACCAUCGUCAUCAUCAUCGAAUCAGCAAAUUUUAUUAAAUCAUAAUUUUAAUUCUAUUCAAUUAAAUUCAGAAUCUAAUGUUACUGCUGCUGCUCCUAUUUCAACGAUUAAAUUGGAUCAACUGCAACAACAACAACAGCAGCAGCAGCAGAUGACUGCCAUUUCUUCUGUUGCUUCGACAAUACCUCAUAUCAUACAUCAAGCGAGAACAAUUCCAAUAUCAAGCAUUCUAAAUGGCCGAAAUUCCAAUGUAUCAUCAUCACCAGCAGCAUCAUCUAGUCAUCAACACCAACAACAUAUAACGAAUCAAAUUGAACAAUUUCAAUUCAAUCAACAACAACCAUCAGCAAAUACAACAACAACGUUUGUUACGAAUGAUGAUUCCGUUUCGAUGAUUCGACCAUCUAAUGAUAAUACAACAACAACAUCGACAACUGUAGUAGAAUCAACAUCUACUUCUAUAGUGAAAAUUAUUGAUCAUAUUGAUCAACAUCGUAUUGUUGGUCUUCAUCAUCCAAUAAGUUUGAUUGUCAAUGAUAAUGGUUCAACUAAUUCAGCGACAACCGCUAAUUCAACGAAUGGACAGAUAAUGAUUAAUCCUACAAAUGCUUCCAUAGAAUUUAAUAAUAAUCAAUCGCAACCAUCACCAGUAUCACAGACAACAAAUCAAUCAACAAACAACAACGAUACAGCUGAAAGAAUCAAUUUUGUUCAUCCAUCGAACAAUACUACGAAACAACAUCAUACUGAUCAUCAAACAAUGACUGUGAUUCAUAAUAAUCCACAUCAUCAAAAUCUACAAAUAUCUCGAUCAUCAUCAUCAUCAUCAUCAACAUCAUCGAAUAAUAAUCAUACAUCGAAUAUAUCGCCAACAAUCAUUAACAAUCAUGCCGCAAUUCCUUCAAUAGUAGCUCAUAAACGUAAAAGCAAAUUGUUAUCAAGUACAAUAAAUCUUCAUGAUAAUUCGAUAAUUGGAAAUCAAUCAGUAGUGUCUACGCCAACAUCAGCUGGUGAUAUGGUCGUUGUCACUAUUCAAUCACCUAUCCGUUCAUCAUCAUCAUCAUCAUCCACGUCCUCAUCAUCGUCAUCAAAACAUGCAACAACAGCAUUAUCUUCCACUAAUUCCAAUGUUGAUAAUAGCAAUGGAAUUUCAUUAGCAAAUCUUUCUUCCGUCUCUAAUGUGAAUAAUGCUACAACAACAACCAUUGAAAAUUUGGAAAGUAUAUUCGAUGAUGACGAUGAUGAUGAUAUCGUUGAUAAUGAAAAAAGAUUGGUUCAAGAUUCUAUUCGUUCUAAUAUAGCUCGUCUUCAUCAACGUAAUGAUGAUCUAUCCACUGUAGUAAUGACAUCACCGCAGUCUUCGAAUGCACAAGCUACCACUACCUCAUCAACAAUUGAAAAACAAGAAUUGACCGUUUUGAAUGUUACAUCAACGAAAACUGAUUCCAUUUGUAAUGGUGGUGGUGAUAAUUCGGUUGGCGACAGCGGCAAUGGUAGUGGUGGCAAUGCAACAAAUCAUAUUUUUACGGUUGAAAAUAAUUCAUCGUCUUCGUCUACAAAUUUUCGUUGUGAAUUCAAUGGUUGUAAUUAUAAAACAGGCGUUUGUUCAAACCUAAUCAAUCAUCUUCGUAGCAUACAUAAUGUAACACGACCAUUUCGAUGUUCAUAUGCCGGUUGUACAGCAGCAUUUAAAGAAAAAUAUAAACUUAAAGUUCAUACCGUUGUUCAUACAGGUGAAAAACCAUAUGUUUGUGAUUGGCCUGGUUGUGAAUCACGAUUCUCACAAUCUGGUCAUCUGGCAAGACAUCGAAAACGACAUACAUCGAUUGAAGAGAAAUUUUAUUGUACAUGGCCAAAUUGUAAUCGAUCUUUCAUACAGAAACAUAGUCUUAAAUAUCAUGAAAUGACACAUAGAGAUGAAAAACCAUGGACAUGUCAAAUGGAUGGUUGUGGUCGUUCGUUUGUUGAACGUUGGAAAAUGUUUAAACAUCAGCGGAAAAAACAUCCACAAUUAUGGAAUAUUAAUCAACAACAACAACGUAUGGCUGCCGCCGCUGCUGCUAGAAAUGGUAUAGUUGUUCCAUCACUACAACCAUCAUUACAGCAGCAGCAACAACAACAACAACAACAACAACCAAAGAACGAUAAUAAUUCAUGAAUUGAUUAAUUUUU